AUGACGAUCAGCUGCGAUACAGACCCUUCUAUUACGAAGAUUCAUAUUAUUGUUCGCUUUUCAAACGGAAAAGACGACAUAAGAUUGAGUAUGGAAGAAGAAACAACGAUACGGCAACUUAAGGAGCGUUUAAGAGAAUUAGAGCCAGAGAUGCUUCGAAAACGGUCUUUACGGAUCAUAUAUCUCGGAAAGAUUUUAAAGAAUGAAUGGGUUUUAUCGGAAGUGUUGAAUAAACAGUGGGUGGAUCAUUCAGAAGUGAUAUUUCAUUGUAGUAUUGGGAAUGAGAUUGAAUCUUAUGAGGAUGAAGAACGUGAGGUAAAUCUUCCAUGGAGUGAAUAUGGGGAUGUAUCUUAUGGUUCAUCUAUUACACCUUUACCUCUUGGAUUUGAUCGUUUACGAGAAGUGGGAUUUUCAGAACGAGAAAUUGGAUUAUUACGAGAGCAAUUUAUGAUGAUUCACGGGAGGGAUUCUCAAGAUGAACAAACAGAACCGGCAUGGCAAUUAGAAGAAGAUUGGAUUAAUCAAACGACAUCGGAAAAUAUUACACAAGAAGGAUAUGGAGCAUAUGAGGAUAUGAUAUUAGGGGCAAGCAUUGGUUUUAUUGGGGGAAUAAUUACAUUGUUUUUUGUCUGGGAACCCAAGAUAUUUUAUCGAAGAAGGCAGAUGGCAAUUGUCGCGGGUAUUAUGAUUAAUCUUUUUUUUGGUUUUUUAAGAUUAUAA